ACCAAGUAAUUUUUGCAGUGUGACUCCAUUAAAUGUGUGUGUGUGUGUGUGUGUGUGUGUGUGUGUGUGUGUGUAGAUUAAACAUGAACGGGCCAAAACGGACAUGGCAGCAGGUCAAAAUCAAAUACAAGAACAUUCUGCAGAAUGCAGUGAAAAAGAAUACCCACAGACAAGGCACGGGUGGUGGGUCACCAAAGGCUGACCUUACCCCAGCAGAGGACAUGGCCUUGGAGCUAAAUAAAGGCAGGCCCGUCUUAGAGGGGAUCCCUGGGGGAAAGAGACGAGCAUAGGUUCCUCCCAAGAUGCCACCCGCUUCAUUCAAGUGCCUGGCAGCACUGUGUUCCUGUUAGAGCCACCAGCACAAGCACCAGACGAUGCUGAUCCAGGUGAAGGCCCCAGUGCAGCAGCAACAGCACAUGAUGGAGACGAUGAUGAGGAGGAGACCAUCUCUGGAUUCCAGAAGGCAUGAGGACCCAGAUGCUAUACAGUGGGAAAACCAGCCUGGCAACAUAAGCUCACAAGCUAUCAGAAAGUUGUAUGGCAACCACCUCCGGCGCCAAAUAGAACUGGCAGACAUAGACAUUCAGUACAAGAAGAAAAAGAUGGAAAAUCUUGCACUGGAGUCCGAAAUAAAAAAGAGGACAAUUAGGAAACUGGACCUUGAAAUAAAAAAACUUGAGGGAGCUCCAAGAAGAUGACACAGCUCAAAAUAAAAAUUAGCAAUCAGUACAACCAAGUCAUCGUUAUAAGGCAUCGCCCUCUUUUGCCCACCCCCCCAGCACCAGGUGUGGCCACUAGCCUAUAUGAAGGCCCAAAAUUGUGUGUUCCUUUCUGCUCUGACAAUGGCAUGCCCAUUCGUGCGAGAUGUGGUGGAUGAAGAAGCACUUGUGCUGAGGAGAGCCUUCAGGCGAGAAAGGGUCUUCAGGGACCGGUUGGACCCACUGGCCUUCCCUGAUGACCAUCUAUAUGAAAGAUACAGGUUUUCUGCAGAUGGCAUCAGGUAUCUAUGCAGACUACUGGGUCCCAGGAUUAAGCACCGCACUGCACGGAGCCAUGCACUGAGUGUGGAGCAAAUGGUUUGUGUGGCCUUGCGCUUUUUUUGCUAGUGGAGCCUUCCUGUACUCAGUGGGGGAUGCAGAACAGCUGAACAAGGCCACAAUUUGCCGCACAAUAAGGAGUGUGUGUCUGGCUAUCAAAGCAUUAGCAGAUGUCUUCAUCUCCUUCCCUGGCCACAGAAGACUCUGUGACAUCAAAGAGGAGUUCUAUAUGAUUGCAGGUAAGAGGAUCUACAAAUGACAGGACAACUGUUAACACAUAGUAGGAUACUCAUUACUUUGUGUGACAGGUUUCCCCAAUGUCAUUGGUGCAGUGGACUGCACACACAUAAGGAUAAAAGCCCCCUCAGGUGCCCAUGAGGCCGAUUUUGUGAAUAGGAAAUCCUUUCACAGCAUUAAUGUUCAGAUGGUCUGCAAUGCUGACUGUGUGAUCAGCAAUGUUGUGGCAAAAUGGCCUGGCUCAGUCCAUGACUCCAGAAUCUUUCGGGCCUCUGAAAUCUAUCAGUGCCUAUCACAAGGUGAAUUCUCUGGUGUGUUGCUGGGAGACAGGGGUAUGGCUGCCAGCCUUUUCUCCUGACACCUUUCACAGACCCCAGGAAGCACAGCAGGCCUACAACCAUGCCCAUGCCAGGACCAGAGUUGAAAUGACCUUUGGCCUCCUGAAGGCACGCUUUCACUGCCUUCACAAAUUAAGGGUCAGCCCUGUUAGGGCAUGUGAUAUUACUGUGGCUUGUGCUGUCCUCCACAAUGUGGCCUGCCUGAGGAAGGAGAGGGCCCCCAGAGUGCCACCAGCCAUGGACUGGGACAAUCCGGCAAUCUUCCCCGAUGACGACAGUGGUCGGCUGCUGAGGGACCAAUAUGUGUUGAAUUAUUUUAGUUCGUAUGUGUGCUUUCAAUUUUGGUUAAAUAUGUCCUGCGGUGGCAGAGGAAUUUGGGUUUUUUUGGGUUCGUUUUUUGACGAAUUUGGCCUCUUAUGAUGUUUGUGCGGUAUACUGUGUGUAAUACAAGGCUGCAGGGAGGCUACUGCAUCCAUUCAUUUGUCUGUUCAGUUGAUGUGUAUGGAUUUGUCCUGCAUUUAUUUUAGUGCGCAGACAUGCAGGGUGUGUUAUAUACAGACCUUUGAAUGUGUAUGUAUCAUUUUGUAUAAUAUGCUUGGAUUCUGUGCUUUCCAUCUUGUAGAGUCACUGUGACUUCAGUUUCGAAAGGAGCUGAUGGUUUACCUGCUUUGUUUUGUCCUUACUCAAUAAAGGAACAUAAUGUUACACAUUGUGUUUUUAUAUUCA